AUGAAAGCCGUUGUCGAGAAAAGCCACGAUCUUUCCAAGCAGCAACCCUUUGAUUUUGAGUUGGUCUCGGAUUUCCCCAAACCAUCUCCCAAGGAAGGAGAAAUCUUGAUUCAAACCAAGGCGGCCGCCACCAAUCCCGUUGAUGUCGUACGCCGCUAUAUGGGCAUUGCCGAACCAACAUUUCCGGUCGUGGUCGGAUAUGAUGUGGCCGGAAUCGUGGUCGAACUGGGUGCUGGAGUGACCGAGUUCCAAGUGGGCAAUCGCGUCUUUGGGGAUGUCAUGGCCCAGAGUACCGGCCCCAAAGUGACGGGCUCCAUGGCCGAAUUUGUGGUGGCUCCCGCCAACAUCAUGGCCCGGCUUCCCGACAAUGUAUCCUUUGAAGAGGGAGCUGCCACACCCGUGGCUGCCAUGACGGCGUUUCAUUUGUUUCAAGAAACUGGGUUGAAGGAGGGAGACAAGGUGUUUAUCAGUGGUGGAGCCGGUGGGGUCGGCAUCCAUGCCCUGCAAUUGGCCAAGAAUCACUUUGGAGCGGCAGCAGUGGCCACGACGGCUUCGGCGGGAACCAAGGCGGAAUUUUGCAAAAAGACGGGUGGUGCCCAUCAAGUGGUCGAUUACAAAUCACAAAAUGCCGGAGAAGUGUUAAAGGGAUGGGCCGAUGUUGUCAUGGACUGCACAAAAGAGCUAGAGAUGGGACGCAAAAUCCUCAAAGAAGGACAAGAUUCCAGCAAAAUUAGGACCAUUGCCGAGGCAGGCAAGCCCGAACUGGCGGCAUUCCUCGAGUUGAUCCCCACCAAGGAGCGUAUCAAUGCCAUUGCCGAAAACUUGGCAUCUGGAAAGCUCAAGCCUGUCAUUGACAAGGUGUUCCCCUUUGAGGAAGCCAUCAAGGCGUAUGAAUAUCAAGCAGGUGGACGUGCCAUGGGUAAAAUCAUUGUCAAGAUAGCAGACUAA